GGGUACUCAAAUGUCAACUAACUAUUCAACAAGCACAAUAAAUUUAAAUGGCAUCGUUAAGCAAUCUGAAAGAAAUUCCUUCGGUGUCGUCGCCAACGAGUGUGGGACACGGUUAUAGCUAUGUACCUGAAUUGGACCAAUAUCCAAAGAUUAACCUAAAGAACGAACUCAUCAAUCCAUCAGCUAACCGCAUCUCAAUCAGCCACAGCUUCAUACCGGUAGAAACAGAAAGCGUGCCAAAGCGCAUUUCGCGGACCUUUUUCGAUGGCGGCUUUUGGGAAUCGUUGACAGAGGCGCGCAGCGAGAAGACGCGUGAGCAGGCGCCAGUAAUAAGCAAAGCUGCCGAUUUCAUUGCACAUAUGCUAGACCUCUACAGCAGUUUCAAAUUAAAAAUAUUUCCGCACACACAGCAACUGAGCGCCGAGCGAAUCGCUCAAUAUGCAGAGACGAGAGACUGGAUAAACAGUUCUGUGCGGUACAUUGCAUGGCACGUGCAUGUCUUUAAGCUGGCCGUAGCCGGCAUGGAUGACGUCGUGCGCAUCUAUGGCAAGACAACGGAAAAUCAUGGCGGCAUAGGCCACGUCCUGAAGAGUGCAACGCAAACUCAGAUAACAUGCAUGGCCUGGCGACCUCUGUGCGCCUUUGAGCUGGUGGUUGGUUGUAGCCAGGGCUUGUGCUUUUGGAUAAUUGACAACAAUUUGCACUUGGGUCGCACUAUCAAUCCCAGCUAUACGUUGAAACAUCCGAGUAAUCUACCUAUUAGCUCGCUAAAGUGGAGCAAGGACGGCUCAUUGCUGGCUAGCUCGUCCAUUGGCGACCGCGCCAUUCUCAUUUGGCAUCCGGAUAGCAAGAGGGUGAAGCCACUGAAGCGUCUCGGUCCACCGGGCUCGUUGCUGAGUUGGUCACCAAACAACGAGUGGAUCUUUGCGGCAACUGUAGAUCGAGUGUUUCGCGUAUGGAAAUGUCACAACAAAUGGACUUCGGAUCGCUGGGUGUGCGACGGAGGCAACGUGCAGGCCUGCUGCUGGUCACCCUGUAGCCGGUUUUUGCUAUUUGUGAACACUGCAGAUCCUAUCUUAUAUCGUCUUCAGUUUGUGCAGCUGAUUCUUAUGAAAUCGAAAGCGGAUGAUAAGGAGGUGCUGCCCGUAGCCGAUCUGAAUGCAUGUAGCUUGGACAGCAGCAACCAAACAUUCAUUGGCGGCACUGCGCAACAGCUGGUGUGGGAUCCGCACGGCAAAUAUGUCGUUAUCACGUUCAAGUCGACCAAUUCCAUAGCCAUCUUCCGCACCUACAUUCAGAAGUACGACCUACAAAUAUCCGGUGGCUACUACUUAAAUGGCCAAUCACCGUCGGAGUAUCCCAGCUUCAUCAGCUUCCAGCCGUUGAACAAGGAUAACGAUCGCUCGGUUCUGACCAUUGGCUGGUCGACUGGCCGCAUUCAGUUCUAUGGCCUAGAUUGAUCAAGUCCAAUCAAACCGCGUUUAAUUAUUUAUAU